AUGAGUGACGAGCCUCAUUCAACUUCAAAAAAACAAAGCCAAAUUGCGAGAUAUGCCGUCAUCAAUGGUAUAUUUUUUGUAUUAAAUUUGCAAUAAAAAUUUAUUUUUUUUAAUAUUUUUUAUAUAUAUGGGAAUUAUGAAUAUACCUAAAGCUUGUGACAAGUUUUUAGUUUCGCCUGAUGAAGUUGAGCGAUGGAUCAGCACCUUGCAAUUUGAAGAUCUCCCACUAUUUGAAAAAGCAAGAGAAAUGAUAAUUGAAACAUGUAUAAGAAAAGGCUCAAAAGGAGCCAGCCGAUAUUGGGGCAUUAGUGAAGAUACCAUUAAAUCCCUUAUAAGGGAUUAUAUCUCAAUUGUUGACAAGGAUUCUUUAGAGAUGGUCGAUUUUAAUGCACAAAUUAACCCAAACUCAUUCAAAGAAUACAAAGAAAUCCGCACCCAAACUAAAGAUAAGCAUUUAGAGGGCGAAGAAUUUACCCCAAAACCAAGGAAAAUUCAGAAGAAAAAAGAAGAAAAGAGAAUUGUUAGCAAAUACACCACAGCUCAGAAAAUCCAAGCUGUAAGAGAAUUUGUAAGGCAUCAAAACCAAUCAGAAGCAGCCAGAGAGCUUUCUAUUCCUGCAGUAAACUUAAUGAGAUGAAGGGACAAAAUUAAAAAAGAAUUGUUCCAAGCAUCACAUGUAGAACACCUAUAUAUGGCAAACAAAAAAGGACAAAGCAAUAAAUUCUUUAGAGAUAUUGAUGAGUCCUUAAAUGGCUGAUAUAAUUUGCAUAGAGACAGCAUUCAAAACAAAACUAAAGCAAUUAAAGAAAAAGCAGCGAAACUUGCAAAAUUAGACGACACUAUCCCUGAAAUUUCUGAAGAAUGGCUUGAGCAUUUCAAAGAGUUUUAUAAAAUAAAAUAG